CCUCUCGCGAGUCUCCGUUGCAUGUCACGUGCAGCGCCCUCUUGGCAUCUCGCGUCAAACAUUGCCACGUCGCAGAUUCCGAUCUCACAGACAGAAGGAAUGAUUGUCACCGGCUGCCCUGCUCCUUCUGCUGCACCACAAGCUCCAGCGGGGAGGGCCAGUCAGACGCGCCCGCCUAUGUGGCUGGCACUCACUGGCACACCGAAGCGGAACGGAGGCGGAAGCGGAAGCAGAGGCAGGGCCCAGAACCGCGAGGAACGGAACGAAGAAGUGAGCCAAGGAUGAAUCAGCCACAUCCCUCCAUCUACGUCACUGACAGCCGGGGGGCACAGCUCAAAGAGGAAGAUGUGUAGUACAAGUGCGGACCAAGGCUUGACUCCAUCCCUGGCCUGUUCCAAUCCUAACUAUCAUACGCUCCACUGUACCAUUCUCAUACAAUGGCGUCUUCAGCUUACCUCAAGGCUGCCACGCAUCUCUGGCCCACCUUGCAGUCUUUCCCCUCCACCUUCCACGCCUUCUUCACCUCUCACCCCGUCCUCUCCCUUGAGUCAUGGCUCACCUACUAUGCCACCGUAGACCCCCUCCACACCGCCAUUGUCCUCUGUACGAUCUCAGCUACAGCCUGCUAUGUGAUGCAACAGAUCACCGGUAACGCCUCACAGGUGGACCGCAUCUGGACCUUUGCACCAGUCUGGUACGGAGCUCACUUUGCAGUACAGCCCGUCCUCACUUUCUACGGUCGCAAAGUUUUUUCCAGUCCCGACACUUCUGCUCAUCUCCAGCCCAGGCUAGCGCUCAUGCUCGGUCUUCAGCUCCUUUGGUCAUCCCGCCUCUCUUACAAUGCUUGGAGGAGAGGCUUCUUCAAGCUGAGCGAGGAGGACUACCGGUGGCCUGAGCUCAGGAAGGGCAUGAGCAGGCCUCUCUGGGAAGUCUUUUCCCUCUUUUUCAUCGCCAUUGCACAGAACAUCCUCUUGGCCAUGACCGCCCUCCCUCAAUACCUCCUCCUCACCACUACCUUCUCUGCGCUCAACCAACUCAGCCCCAAGCCCAGCCUACAGCUGACCACGGCCGACUAUAUCUUGGCAUCUGUAUUCGUCUUCAAUCUGCUGCUAGAGUUCAUGUCCGACCAUCAGCAGCAGUGCUACCAGAACUUCAAGAGGGACAUGGUCAACCCCAUGUUUGGUCUUCCGAGGGAGAGGAAGGGCAGGGACGAUUUCGUCAUGUUCGAUCUCUUCAGAAAGGACACCGACGUCUUCAAUGAGGACGACAAGAAGCGGGGCUUCAUCACAAAGGGCCUCUGGAGUCUGGCUAGACAUCCCAAUUUCGCCUGCGAGCAGAUGGUCUGGUGGCUCCUCUUCCUCUUCGUGCCCAUCACAUUCUACCACUCCAUCUCCGCCCCUGCUUCUAGUUCACUAGUCGACCUACUCAAGGCGUACCACCCCCUGGUGGCUACAUAUGCCAUUCUCUCGCCCGUGGCCAUGUCGAUCCUCUUCUACGCCUCGACGGACUUCACUGAGAAGAUGUCCACGAGCAAGUACCCUCUCUACAAGGAGUACCAGAAGUGCGUCGACUCGUUCAACCCGCUGAUCACUGGCGUCAAGACGCUGCUCUUGAAUGUCAGGGGUGACGGUAAGAAGGCUUGGGAAGGUACGUGGGGUAAGGUGGAGAAGAAGCAGUGA